CUGCGACCUGGAGACGGGGAGUGGCCCGCGUCGGAAGGUCUAUGGCCGCUGCAGGGUCUGUGAGAGCGGCGCUGCAGGUGGCCGAGGUGCUGGAAACCAUCGUGAGCUGCUGCGUUGGGCCCGAGGGGCGGCAGGUUUUGUGUACGAAGCCCACUGGCGAGGUGCUGCUCACCCGGGAUGGAGGCCGCCUCCUGGAGGCGCUGCGCUUAGACCAUCCCAUAGCCAGGAUGAUAGUGGCCUGUGUUUCCAGUCAUCUUAAAAAAGCAGGAGAUGGUGCUAAAACAUUUAUCAUCUAUCUUUGCCAUUUACUUAGAGGACUUAAUGCAGUCACAGACAGAGACAAGGAUUCUUUGAUGUCUGAAAAUAUUCAAACUCAUAGAAGGCAUUGGAAAAACUGUUGUCAAUGGAAAUUUAUUUCCCAAACUCUUAUAACGUUUCAGACACAAAUAUUAGACUGUAUCAUGGACCAGUACUUAAGUGGACACUUUCUGUCUAUCUUUUCUUCUGUUAAAGAGAGAACAUUGUCUAGGAGUUCUCUAGAAUGGCUCUUAGAAGCAUACUUUUGUGGAAGAGUGGGAAGAAAUAAUCAGAAAUUUAUUUCGCAAUUGAUGUGUGACUAUUUUUUCAAGUGUAUGACUUAUAAAAGUGGGAUUAAUAUAUUUGAGUUAGUGGAUGAUGCUUUUGUAGAGCUGAAUGUAGGUGUCACUGGUCUUCCUGUUUCAGAUUCCAGAAUAGUGGCUGGUCUUGUGCUUCACAGAGAUUUUUCUGUGUACUGCCCAGCAGAUGGUGACAUAAGAACAGUGAUAGUAACAGAAACUCUUCAGCCUCUUUUUUCCACUUCUGGAUCAGAGUUUAUCCUAAAUUCAGAAGCACAAUUUCAAACAUCUCAAUUUUGGAUUAUGGAAAGGACAGAAUCAAUAAUGAAAUAUUUACAUAGUCAGAAUGUAAAAUUGCUGCUAUCCAGUGUUAAACAGGCAGAUUUAGUUAUUUAUUAUGCAAGACUGAGUGGCAUAUCAGUGGUAGAGUGUCUGUCAUCAGAAGAAAUUUCUCUUAUCCAGAGGAUCAGUGGUCUUUCUCCAUUUGUAAUACCACAGGGCUCUUCACAGUGUGAAAUCUCUGAUACCGCUUUGGUGAAAUUUUGUAAACCCCUCAUCCUUAGAUCCAAAAGGUAUGUUCAUCUUGGCUUGAUUAGCACAUGUGCAUUUAUGCCACACUGCAUAGUUCUUUGUGGACCCGUGCAAGGUCUUAUUGAACAACACAAAGGUGCUUUACAUGGAGCAUUUAAAAUGCUCCGGCAGUUAUUUAAAGAUCUUGAUCUAAAUUACAUGACACAAGCCAGUGACCAGAAUGAUGCUUCAAGCCCUCUUAUUUAUAAGAAUAGCAGAGAAGGUAAUCAGUUAGAAGAACAUGGUAAUGGCUCACUCCAAAAACCAUGCCCGAACACAGUUGUAAAGAACAAAAAUAAAUUGGAAAAAGCUCAAACAUAUUUAAAAGUAAUUUCAAAUGUAGAAUUAGAAGCAUAUAUUCCAUGUUCAACAGUAAAACUGACACCAACAAAUACAUUCCAAAGAGAUCAAACACCCAGAUGUUUCUCUUUGGAAAAAGACGGGAUAAUUGAUGACUGUGAACCGUUAAUUGAGAGUAAUUCCACUGCUAAUUCAACAACAGAAAACACUAGAGUAGACAUAUCUUGUGAAAAUUUAGAAAUUGCUGGAAAGGGGAACGUGUUACCCAUGGGAUGUAGGUUACUGGAUAUGUGUACUUCCCAGAGUUACUGUUCCUCAGCUAUGCCAGCAGGUUGUGUUUUGCCAGUAGGUGGUAAUUUUGAAAUCUUGUUACAUUAUUAUCUUCUCAACUAUGCCAAGAAAUGCCAGCAAUCAGAAGAAACAGUGGUUAGUAUGAUAAUAGCUAAUGCACUUUUAGGCAUUCCCAAAAUCCUUUAUAAAUCUAAGAAGGGAAAUGACAGCUUUCCACAAGUAUACAGAAGAGCUCUCCACGCACUACAAACCAAUCAACCCAUGGUAAGCAGUCAGACAGGUUUGGAAUCAGUAACUGGCAAAUACCAGCUACUAACUUCAGUUCUUCAGUGUUUGACAAAAAUAUUAACCAUUGAUUUGGUGAUCAACAUUAAGAGACAACCUCAGAAAGUUCAUGAUGAAGAUUCAGAAGAUGAACUAUAACAUCAGAAUUUUUUUAUUAAUCAAGCUUUUUUUCU